CCCCUUCUUCCCACCAAGCAAGCUAAGCUCACCAAAUACACUAGUACUCUCUCCUAUACCUCUGUUGCUCUUCGAUCUUUUCCCUUCAAUGGCGAUCCCAGUGAUUGACUUCUCGAAGCUCAAUGGGGAGGAGAGGGCCAAGACAUUGGCUCAGAUCAGUAAUGGAUGUGAGGAAUGGGGAUUCUUCCAGCUGGUGAACCAUGGAGUUUCGGAGGAGCUCCUUGAGAGGGUGAAGAAGGUCUGCUCCGAGUACUAUAAGCUGGAAAGAGAAGAAACUUUCAAGAAGUCAACAGCAGAGAAGCUUUUGAAUGAAUUAGUGGAAAAGAAGAACGACGACAAGUUGGAGAGUGCGGACUGGGAAGAUGUCAUUACUCUCCUGGACAAUAACGAGUGGCCAUCUCAAACCCCAGGAUUCAAGGAAACCAUGGCUGAAUACCGAGCAGAACUGAAGAAAUUGGGGGUGAAGGUCAUGGAAGUAAUGGAUGAAAACUUGGGUUUACCAAAGGGAUACAUCAAGAAGGCAUUUGAUGGUGAAGAAGACAGUGCCUUCUUUGGUACUAAGGUGAGCCACUACCCCCCAUGCCCACAUCCAGAGCUUGUGAACGGUCUCCGAGCUCACACGGAUGCUGGAGGCGUCAUCUUACUCUUCCAAGACGACAAGGUAGGUGGUCUUCAAAUCCUGAAAGACGGCCAGUGGAUCGAUGUCCAGCCAUUACCAAAUUCCAUUGUCAUCAACACCGGCGAUCAGAUUGAGGUCUUAAGCAACGGUCGAUAUAAGAGCGUUUGGCACCGGGUUUUGGCCACUCCUGAUGGGAACAGGAGAUCAAUUGCUUCAUUUUACAACCCCUCGCUGAAGGCCACCAUAUCCCCGGCGCCUCAGCUGGUGGAGAAUUUUAAGCAAGAGGAGGAUCAAGCUUACCCCAAGUUUGUGUUUGGUGACUACAUGUCUGUUUAUGCUGAGCAGAAGUUCCUCCCCAAGGAGCCCAGGUUCCGAGCUGUGAAGGCAGUGUAAGAAGCAAAAAGAAUAUGACAUGCACAUGCAUGCAUGCUGUUUAAUUCCUUUUAUUUUUUAUUAUGGCUUUAGUGAUAAAGAUUUGCCACUGGCAAAGGAUACCACUGGCUUCUCUUCUCAAUCUUAACUACAGGGGAAGAAAGAAAGCUAAUGUGGGUAUUAGUGUGUGUUGUUUUAGAUUGCCGUUUUCCUCUUUUUUCCUGUUUUUUUUUUUUAUUUUUUAUUUUAUUUUAUUAUUAUUAUUAUAUGUAAUCAAGGGAUGCUUAAAUGCUCCCCCCUUCCCCAUCUUUAGCCUUUCCCUUUGUAUUGAUCAGAAAAAAGGGGGGAUGCUUAAAUGCACCUGCUAAGGUUAAUUUGCUAUGUACAAUUAAAUCAUAUAAAUUGCACCUCUAAAUUAAUAAGUUUAA